AAAAAACGGGAGAAAAAAAGGAAGAUUACAGCAAAAAAGAUCUCAGAAAAGUAUUAAAUCCUGAUUUUGACUUUGGUAUAUUGCGUAAAGAAAAAGCACAAGAAAUUCUUGAUAUUUGGAAAAAUUGGUCUUCAUCAAAGAAUUCAGAUAUGGAUUCAUAUAAUACAUGUGUGACAAUUGGACAUUUACAGAUAAACUUUGCAUGCGAUAUUACAAAGGGAACUGAAGACGGUGUGAGAAAUGUUAAUAAAGAGGACGCACCAAUUGCAUCUAUCCAACCAAAAAAUUUAAAAAAAAAAUGUGAUGCCGAUAGAGAAAAUUUGGAAAUAAAUGAAGGCUUAAUAAAUAUUGAAGAAAAUAAAAUUUUAGAUUUUUAUCUGCUAAGUGAUGUAGAAUCAGAUAUUAAUGAUGCAGAAUCUGGUAGUGAGUCUCCAGUACAAAAAUAUCCGAAUAUAGAUAGCCCGAAAGAUAAUUGGCCCUUACCUUCAGGAAGAUCGAUAAGUAUAAUUUAUGACAAAAGAAUUUUCACAAAUCGCAGUAAUUUAUAG